CCUGUUUACCGCCUAUCUAUCCGGGAGGGGUUCUGACGCGGGUUCUUUCGUCAUUAACGACUCAUCAUCUAGGCCCUAUACCUUCUUUUGCUUCAGUUGUAAAAGAAGUCUCCUUCCUCAACCGCUUUGGGUAGGAAGAUGGUUGAGAAAUGGGAAGCAACGACUCGCGUGGUCAAAACACACUUUAGAACUCCAGGAGAGAUCGAAUGUUAAUGCCGCCUCCGCUACCUCCUGGAUCGUCUGAUAGAUACGAGCCAUCGAGUACUAUAUACACAAGUAUUAUUAUGUCUGAUGCUACGAGCGUCGGAACAUCACGCGCAUCAUCACUUAAGUCUAGUGCAUUUUCAGAGAGUACCAAGUUACGGGUCAGACAGAUAGACGGAGAUGAGUGCUGGGCGUGCGGCACCGAACCACCUCACAUUUGCCACGUCGCGCAGGAAGAUCGACAGGCAUCACUCUGGGUUGAACUUGGCCUGAUAGACUUUCCGUUAACCUCAGUUCUGAACGCGAUUCCUCUUUGCCCAUCAUGCCAUGACCAGUUUGACUGUCUCAAUGACCCCGGGUUUGUUUUUAUACCAAAAGAUCUUCAGUUUUUUAUUGAAUAUGAGCUUAAGGACCGGGAACGUCGGAAAAUAGCAGCUGAGAAAGGAGUGAUCUUAAAGCGAGAGACUCCCACUUCUGAACAGUACAAGAUAUAUCAAGUCAGUAAAGGGAUAAUCACUGUUGAUGCUAUUGGAGGUCAGUAUCUACCUGUCUUCCUUAAAUCUUAUCUCCAUCGUCGUCGCUUCGAUUUCAAUAUUGCACAAGUAUUGUCAAAGCCCCGAGAGUGGCAUGGGGCUCCAUUGGCAUGUCUUCGGAGAUGUAUACAAGCUCUAGGAAGUCCACGUCUUGGAAUUGUGAAUAGAGACUCUUGUCUCAAGCUUCGACAGCUAUACGACCUAUAUUUUUUUGAUGAUGAAUAUUCUCCAUCAUGUAAUAAGUUACCCGACCUGGCAGUGCGAUCAGAACCAAUCGACAGCGGUAAAAAACGCCAGUUUGAUGGCAUCACACCAGGUGACCCUCAUUCGGCAAAGAGGCAUCAAGGAUCUCGAGAGAGAGAAAACAAUUCUAGUCAAGAUACAACCACAUUCUGUCCAAUCCUUCUACGAGAAGUGCGCGCAGUAUGGAGCUUGGGACCUGAUGUUUCCACUGAGGAGGCUGUUCGUCAAUUUGCGCCUAUUGUUACUCGAUCUCUCAAUUCUUCCCAUGUCUAAGUUCACUGUACGUGUUAUUAUUUUAAAUUCUUGCUUCUGUACUUGUUCAUUUUGUAUACUAUAACUCUUAACUGUUCAACC